AUGACUUCAAGGAGCGCCCCUGCUGUCGACAGCAGCACUGUGCAAGAGAUGCAGCGUCUGCUUCAGGCUUACGGCGAUGCGGUGCGGCAACUCCGCAUCCCUGCAAUUGACAGGGAGCUGUACGAGGAGUGCAUCGUGUUGCCUGUGCGGGAUAUUGUGUCCAUGUCCUCUGGUGGGCAGCAACAGCCGCAACAGGAGGGGCCGCGGUGCCUUUCCGCCCUUAAGGCGCUCUGCCAAAACCUGGAUGCGCAUCACGCCGCCACUUUACGUGUGCUGGAGCUGUGCCACCGCCGUGACGAGCUCGUGGCUGGUUUGCUGCACUGCUGCGAGCUCUACGAAGGCGGCGCCGCACCACCGAGUCACGUAGAAGUUCCUGCGCAUUUCACGCGCAUGCUAGAUGAACACCACGCGGUGACACUGCUGCUUGUGGAGGCUAUUUUCAACUGGCGCGAGCAGCUCACGCGGCCAUUCCCAUUUAACGUCGCGGGGGAGAACUACAUAUACCGCAUCCUCGAAGAUUGCGACAUGAUCGACGCCAGCGCACUUGGCGAGGCGCUGCAGCUCCGCCUAAAUCAGGGCCCGCUCGGCUCGCAAAGCGGUGCUUCGGAUUGCGCAGGGACGAGUUCUGGCCGCGUCCGCGGCGGCGCCACACGCGACGAGGAUGCCUGGUCGUCUGUUGCGGCUGCUGCACAGGGCGGUCCGUCGCUGUGGUGCCGCGCAAAGACCCCGUCGUCGCUGAGCGGGAGCCACAUGGCCGCGCAACGGAAGAAGCUUCCACAAGAGCGUGAUGCGAAACGUAACAGGGCACGCGUGGCGUGGGGGGAAGCCAUGAUCAAGAAUGAGCGUCUGCUGCAGCGACCGUUGCUGCAGGAACUGUCGUCGAUGGCGGACCAGGGUCGCUUUGUCACAUUGCUCGCAACUCCAGAAUUGUUUUGGGGUAUCGACGCUGGGCUGCCGUUCGUGGAGGACGGCAACAAGGCACCCUGGCGGGAGCGGCUAGUGAUGCUAACAGCAGCGGCAUCAGCUGCCAAUGGCACCUGCAAUGAGGAUGCAGCACCGCAGCGACGACAGAAACCGAACAACGGGGUUUGUAUCAGCUCCAGCAACAAGACCAAUGGCACCGACAGCCUCUCUUCUCACUCUUCCACACACUUGGGGCCAAGGCAGGAUGGAGCUGUGCCCAAGGCUGGCCCAANUAUAGGGAGCAGCAGCGCUAGUGGUGACGCGGCCUCAAAGAGGGAUGCCUCUCCUACGUACACUUCCUCUACAUCAUAUUCAACUAAGGCUUCUACAUUGCCGUCAACGUCAUCAUCAUCAUCAUCAUUAUCAUCAUCGCCCUCUUCCUCGCUGUCUGUGUAG